AUGUCGGGAGGGCAGCAGCAGUCCCAGACUGGGGACACAGAAGGCGCCACACCCAAGCAGCAGGACCAGACUGAUUGGCGGUCCGUUGCGGACGCCGCUGCGAACAUAGCAAACACGUUAUACGUCUCUAGAGCAGGCAAAGCUGCCUAUCAGUCUGCAGAAACGGCAAAGCAGCUCGAGGAUAUGAAGCAGCGACUAGCCGAGAUGAAACAGACAUGUGUUUCCUCCGGGCCUCCUGGGCCACCUGGCCCACCGGGAGAGAAGGGGGCCAGUGGCCCAAUUGGUCCUCGUGGAGAAAAUGGGCCCAUUGGGCCAGUUGGCCCUGCGUCUGCUGGGCCUCCUGGCCCACCUGGCCCACCAGGAAAGAAGGGAGGCACUGGGCCACCUGGCCCUGUGUCUACCGGUCCUCCUGGGCCACCUGGCCCUCCAGGCAAAAAUGCGGCCAUUGGGCCAGUUGGCCCUGCGUCUGUCGGGCCUCCUGGGCCACCUGGCCGACCUGGAAAGAAGGGGGCCACUGGACCAGUUGGCCCCGCAUCUGCUGGGCCUCCUGGCCGUCCAGGAGAGAAGGGAGCUACUGGGCUAACUGGUCCUCGGGGACCAAAGGGAUCCCCUGGCUUCCAAGGGCCACCCGGACGCCCGGGACAAAAGGGUGAAAUGGGACCAACUGGCCGUGGGCCUCGAGGGCCAACGCCAUGCUGCGGCAGUGGAGCUUGUCCCAAAGGUUAUAAGAAGUUCCGUGAAACCUGCUACAAGGCUUUCCUCACUCCUGCCAGCUUCGACGGAGCGAGCGAGAUCUGUCGUCGAGAUGGCGGCACCCUCGCCAUGCCCAAAGACGCUGAGACCAACGCUUUCGUGGAUUCCCUGCAUAAGGCGACUGGCUCUAAAGCUUUUUUCAGGUUCGGCCUCUCCGAUCGGCGCAAGGAAGGAGCGUUUGAGUGGGUGGACGGCACUCCCCUUCGGGGGUUCACCUCGUGGUCUCCGGGAGAGCCAGCCAAGAAUAACUGGGGGCGUACCUAG